UUUUGCUUUUGCUUUUGCUUUGAGCAAAAUGUGUAUUCUUUCCUUGUUAUACUAACCCAGGCAUCUUUUGCCCCUAUAAGCCACACUCCUCCGACGAACCCAUGUUGCUCCAUGCUACAUCCCAUUGUUUAAACAUAGGAUUCCACAACAGGUGUCUCUUCUAGUGAUUACUUCAAACAAUGUCCCAAAAGGAACAUGGUCAUCUCUUGCCAUCUGCAAACUUCUGUGGCCAGGUAUUGUAGAUCUCUCAUUGUUUAAUAUUUCCAUAUUUUUGGAUUGUAGAAUUUAAUACUUAGUUUUUUUUUUACCUUAAAGACCUUUUAGAUCAAAGAAAUAAUGUAACCAAAAUUUUAUGGUUUUAUUUAUUGUGCCCUCGCGUCAACUCCAAGAUUUCUCAUAAGCGUCGACACUAUUCCAAUAUUUUUCUUGUGUUAUAUCCAAAUGACUACUUCUGUAUUUUUUAUGCGUUUUGAGAACCAUGUAUCUUCAGCUUGCAUUGGUUUAUCUUUUUCUAUCCAUGUCUUAAUUCAUAGUAUGAUCUAAAGAGGCAAACAAAUUCAAAAAAUUCUGAUUUCUUUUGGCAUCCAAGAUGCUCGGGUGCACUAGGAGCAUGCAAAUCUUGGUAAUGUAGUCAUGCUUUAGUUUUCUGCUCUAAAGAUGUUGGAACUCUACUUCAUUUUUCUGAAUUGGCUCACAUAUUUGUCAAACUUGAAGGAUUUUGAACUGCAAAUGACAUGACCACUAACUGCUAGGAAUGCCAAGUACCUACUGCAAAGCAGUUCAUGACAUCUGAUGUAGUGCAUUGUCAUGCCUUGUGUACUUUCUCAUAAUGAGUAAUACUGAACAUGGUUCAUGGUAGCUAUGUUGAAAAAUGGGUUGUGCAACUCUUUGUUCUCCACUACCAUAUGGAGCCGUAAAUGCGCUGUAUAUGGCUUUUUUAUAACAUCUAUAGAGAGUUCUAUUUGUACUGUCUGCACGGGUUCAUCCUGCAAUUUCAUUGUGCACAAACACAUCAUCCACAACAAUGUCAUCGUCACCAUCCGCGUCAGUUGGUACCACAAGAGAAAGCACCGCCAAUCAAAGUCAUUCUGGAUCCGGUAAAAUAACCAAGAUCGGCCUCUCCCCGAUUUACAGCAUCUCCCUUUACAUCGGUAUCUAGCACACGACGCUCCCCACGUUUUGUGGUAAGUACACCAUAUCACCCCCUGGGUACAUUGCUAGCUGUUUAUUAUUAUUGUUUACUCCGUAGAGUAAAAUAGUAUCCGUACUGAUGUAUCAAGAUGUUUUUUUUCAUUCACGAGCUAAUGAUGCAGUGAGUAGGCAUUAGGUAAUAGACAAAAACCCUCUUGGAUUGCACCAUAUGAUGCAGUUUGUCUGUAUCACAGUUUAGACAGCCCUCUCAAACCUUACAAGAACGAAAAUAAGUGUACUUGGUAGACACAGAGAUUCAUCUCGAACUCACCAUCUGUUCAUAGUUUUUAAUCCUUUCAACCUAACACCACCAACUCACAUGGAUGUGUACAAUGAAGUGGAGUAUCCACUGUGAUUUGAUGAUUCGGCUCACAUAUUUGAUAUUUCUCAGGCUACAAGGACUCAGAACUGCACAUAACCUGACCACUAACUGAAAGGAAUGCCAAGUACCUACUUCAGGUAGAUCAGUUCAUGACAUCUGAUGUAGCAAAGCAUGGCCAUGUGAAAGGCAUUGAGAGAAAAAAGUCCCCGAAAGGAACGCGUUGAUCGUGUCUUGCCAUCAGCAAAUUCUUAGUGCCAGAUGGCAGAACUAGCUAGUUCAUCAGGAGGAGAAGAGCAACAACCACCGAUGGACCAACAUCUCCUGACAGUGGCCAUAUCUAGUGAUUUCACAUCAGACGAUAGUUCAUCGGAAGGAGGACAAGGAGAUCCAGAGAUGGACAAACGGCUCCUGAAAGCAGCUAUAGCCGGUGAUUCCCGGUCAAUGAAGGAGAUGGCCUCGCAAGAUCCAAGCAUUCUUUUUGGAACAACUCCAGCUGGGAACACCUGCCUUCACAUAUCCUGCAUCCAUGGUCACCAGGUAUUUUCCACGGAUGUGGUGGCCCUGGAGGAUUCUCUCCUUGCCGCAGUGAACUUGGAUGAUGAGACGUCUCUUGUCGCUGCGGUGAGAAGUGGUUGCGUCUCCCUGGCUUCCAUUCUACUUCAAUGCUACCUUGCACGGGGACUGACAGAGGCAAUUUUGUGGCAAGACAUUGAUGACUGCAACGCACUGCAUCAUGCAAUUCGCAGUGGCCACAUGGAGCUUGCACUGAAGCUGAUAGAAGCAGAGCCCGCUCUGUCCACACAUGUGAACAUAUUGAGCGAGUCGCCCAUGUACAUCGCGGCGAUGAGAGAUUUUACUGACAUUUCAGAUAAAUUACUGGAAAUUCCUGAUUCUGCUCAUGUGGGGCCGUGGGGCAACAACGCCCUGCAAGCUGCCGUGAGAAAUGGAAACUCAGUUUUGGCUAAAAGAAUCAUGGAAACACGUCCUUGGCUGGCCAGAGAACCUGACAACGGUGGGAAUACUCCACUACGUGCAGCUGUAUAUCGUAACAAGAUUGGCGUGGUACGAGCACUGCUGGAACAUGAUUGCUCUUUAGGGUAUGAGGUGCGACGUGACGGUAUGCCUCUCCUUUCUGAAGCUGCAUCUGGAGGUCAUAUCGAUGUUGCUCAGGAGCUUCUUAACCACUGUCCUGAUACUCCUUACUGUGGGACACAAAAUAUGUGUUGGACAUCCCUUCAUACAGCUGUAUGGUUUGGUCAGGUGGAGUUCACCAAAUUCAUCUUGAGGACCCCAAUACUUCGCAAACUCGUUAACAUGCAAGAUGUGCUCGGGAAAACUGCUCUACAUUACGCAGUACACAGGUGCAAUCCUAAAAUGGUUGCUGCUUUGCUGUCUCACCAAGAUAUAGACACAACUGUGCUUGAUAACAAUGGCGUGCCACCAGCUUGGGAAUUGUUGGGCUUCAUGGACAACGCCAAGGCUUUAAACUGGAAUGAAGUGAUCAUGCUUAUGCUAAGAGCUGAUCCCCGAGAUGCCACCUCUCUUUAUAAUCUUCACACGCGUAUCAAACAAAAUGUAACCGAGGAAUCAAGGAGUGAAGCAAAAUCACUAACCCAAACAUACACAAGUAAUACUUCAUUAGUGGCGAUGCUCAUCACGACAAUCACCUUCGCUACUGCCUUCGCCCUGCCUGAAGGAUACAACAAUGAUGCCAGAAGCGAGGGACUUCCCAUCAUGUCUAAGAAAUCCGCAUUCCAGGCAUUCUUGAUUUCCGACGUCUUAGCAAUGUGCUCCUCGUUUGCUGCCGCCUUGAUAUGCAUCAUAGCAAGGUGGGGUGAUUACGAGUUCUUGAUUUAUUACAGAUCCGUCAUUAAAAAGAUCAUGUGGUUUGCAUACGUGGCAACUACUAUGGCCUUUUCAACUGGUUUAUACGCGGUGCUUGCUCCACGUGUCCACUGGUUAGCCAUUACUGUUUGUCUUAUGGUAGCUUUAUUGCCCAUUCUCACUAAGCUGCUUUGUGAAUGGCCUAUCUUGAAGCGAAGGAUUCUGUUGGGUAAAACUUUCCAUCACUAAAAAGAUCUUGAAGUUCAGGAUUCAGUUGGGUAAAACUUUUCGUCACUACAAAGAUAAUGUGGUUUGCAUAUAUACAUGGCAACUACUACAACUUUUUCAACUGGUUUAUACACGCUGCUUGCUCCACGGGUCCACUGGUUAGCCAUUGGAAUUUCUUUAUUGCCCAUUCUCACUAAGCUACUUGGUGAAUGAACUAUCUUGAAGCUCAGGAUUCGAUCUCCUUGUCAUGGUCUCACCUCAUCAAUUCACCAUAUGUUAUGCUUCGUGAUAUUUUAAUUUUUUAUCUGUAAUGAACAUCGUAUGGCUACUCAUACAAUAUUGUUAAUCAUUGGGGGCAAAUGUUGUAUUGUUAAU